UUGUCUUAUCAGAAUAAAAUUGCUCGUUGAUGAGAACGGGCUUAAAUCCCUGAUGGGCCGGUGCGAAAUUUGCUCGGCCCAAUCGACCAGCUUAGAAAGUACGCUAAAAACAACCAAACCACCCCAAAUCGACGCGCGUGAGGAGUAAGCAACUCCUCGAUCCCAAAAUCGGCAACCGCCCCGCGACCGUCUCUCCGCCGCCGCCCCUCGCCGGGAUCCCCCCAAUAUAAGCCCCCACCCACCCCUCCCCUCCGCUCCCCCCGCACGUCGUCACGCGCGAUCGCCAUGGCGGACUGGACGGGGCUCCACGAGGACCUGCUCGACCUCGUCGUCGUGCGCCUCCCGUCCUUCGACCUCCUCCGCUUCCGCGCCGUCUGCGCCUCCUGGCGCGCCGCCGUCGCCGCCUUCACCGCCCGCCGCGGCCAGCCGCAGCCCGACCGACCAUGGCUGCUCCUCCCCACAGAUGUCGCCGCCGACCACGACGACGGCCGCCUGCUCGUGUGCCGCGACCGCGAGGUCCCCGUGGCCACCCUCCCCACGCGCCUCGGCCGCGUGACCUCGCGCCGGUUCGUGCCACUCGGCUCCGCGCGCGGCGCUAUCGUGGCCGCGGACGACCUCGGCGAGAUGCACCUGCUCGACCCCGUAACUGGCGUGCGAAGGCCGCUCCCGCCCGUCGCCACGCUCCCGCUCGUCGCCCGCGUCGAGGGCCUCCAGGUCCACCACCGCGGCGGCGGCGUCGCCCCCGUGGACGCCCUGAUCCAGAAGGCCGUCCCGGUGCCCACCCCGGGCGGCGGGGUCAUGGUGCUCGCCAUCUACCGGCAGCUGCACCACCGCAACCAGUGGGCCACGGCGCGUCCUGGCGACCGCUCGUGGAAGUCCGUGGCGCCGACCAGCAUCCCCGCCGUGGUCGACGUGGUGGUCCACCGGGGCCAGCUCUACGCCAACACGCGGUACGGGAUGAUGUACGUGUUCCCGGAGCUCCACCGGCUGGGGUCGGCGUCCCCCGAGAUCAUCCCCUCCGUGACGCGGCGCCCGAGCGCGUACGUGGAGCGCAGCUUCCUGGUGGCGUCCCCCCGCGGCGAGCUGAUGCAGGUGGAGCUGCUCCGCCCCGUGGCGGCGGCGGGCGGGGAGGGGUUCGUGGUGCGCGUGCUGGACGAGUGCGGCGAGACGUGGGAGGAGACGGAGGACAUCGGCGACGCUGCGGUGCUCGUGGACGCGGCGGGCGCCGUGUCCGCGUCCACCGCAGAGUGCCCCACGCUGCGGCCCAACACGGUGUACUUCGCCGUGGACCUCGAGGGGGAGACGCGGGUGUGGGCGUACAGCCUCGCGGGCAAGCACAAGCGGAUCGAGGUCGUGGAGGCGCUCCCGACCGCGGACGGGUACAGGCCGCCGUGCUUCUGGUUCGCGCCGGUGUACUCGCAGCCGUGACACGCGAGUCGGUCGUGAUGCGUGCGAGUCCCGUUUGCUUGCUGCAUUAUUUGCAUCCGAGCCAUGUGGGUAAUGGACCGGUAUUACUAGGUGUUGGUAACGGGAUGAUUCGUCGACGAGUUCGUUGCGGU